GCAGAUCGAAGGACGACUGGUGGAGAAUAGCUGUCACGACAGGCAAGUGGUGUUUAUGUUGACGUUUUAUGUUGUUAUUUUAAUUUAUUUUGAUAUUUUCUGACAUGUCGUUGAUAGAUUUGAGAAUUGAAAAAAGUAUUUGGUCAAUCUGGCUAUCUUUCUAACUAUACAAUCAAUUAAAAUACACCAUUAUAGACAAGUCAAACAAACAGCUUCGGUCCAUGCUAGGUUUACAUUACCGUUAGCUAGCUGUUUGUUUACGUUAUGCGACAAACGUAGCAAGCUAACUUACUCACCAACAUGUCUCAGUUGCCAUUAGGAUUUCUCGCUGUAUGAUAAUCGCCAUUGUAACCAAGUGGUGUUUGAUACGACGUCUUAUACAGCUAGAUAACCAGCUACGCUAGCUGGCUUGGUACUGUUAAUAUUGUUGUGGAUAUAGCUAGCGUAGCUAACUUGCUAUUUGCUACCAUAGCUGUUAUCAGAGAUUUGUUGUCAGUUUAGUAAGUAACAAGAACAUAGCUGGCUAUAUUGUUAGUCUUUAGCUAGCUACUUGACUCAAACAAAGUGUCAGCAAACGGUUUGACUAGUUAGCAUACCGUUCAAACUCUGUUUUGCAGUCGAAUGUCAUUGUUUGAGGGCUUGAGGCUAUGGACAGGGCCUAUUAGCUUCAGCGAGCAAAGCAGUUCCAAAAGUAGCCACUGGUUUACAGUAGGUUUAGCUUCGUACUAUAGCUAUUUUUAUAUUUGUCAGAUGAAAAAUUCAAAAGAGAAGUUUUUAUAUUUUAGGAAGAGAAGAGGAAAGUUGCUAAGCAAUGUUUUUCAAAUGUAUACAGCAGGAAUGCCUAAUUUGUCAAUGAGACCAAAACAUCCAGGCCUAACAACUGUUCUGCACUUGUUGAUCUAGAAUAGACUGUUCUUUCAUAUUUUCUGUUGCCUGUCAAUGAUUAUGAAUACUGUGCCAUUGCACACUUUAGGCUCUAGCAAAUCUGAUUCAACUAAUAAAGGAUUUUGUUGACCAGUUUGGCUAAAUCAGUUAUACCAGUAGUGAAACAAAACUGUAGGGGUUAUGGGAGGAUUGCAAAAUGUUGAGCUAUUGUCUGUGACCUUGUUGAGUGGUUCUCAAACCUCUACUCGGGGACCCCUAGUUGUUCUAUGUAUUUGCUAUAUUCCAGAGCUAGCACACCUGAUUCAACCUGUCAACGAAACAUCAAGCCCUUGACUAGGUGAUUCAGGUGGUAGUGAAUGCGGUAGAGUCCCAGUCUAGGUAUGGAGCAGUGUGCGUGUGUGGAGCGGGAGCUGGAGAAGGUGCUCCAUAGGUUCGUCAUGUACGGACACCAGUCAGAGGAACGUCUGGACGAACUACUACGCAGCGUCUGUGAGCUACGGGGACAGCUGGUUACAUUCGGGGUACAAGAUGCAGAUCUUUCGGUGCUGUCGCAGACCAUGGCCCAGUGUUGUAAGAACAUUAAAGAAACAGUACAGCUGCUGGCCUCCAGACACAAGGACAUCCACGGCAGUGUCUCCAAAGUCGGCAAAGCUAUCGACAGGAACUUUGAUGCAGAGGUGAGUGCAGUGGUAGCAGAGACCGUGUGGGACUCACCUGAGAGACAGAAGUACCUGAGUGAGACCAUUGUGGAACACCUGUACAGACAAGGCAUGCUGAGUGUGGCAGAGGACCUAUGUCAGGAGUCUGGAGUAGUGAUUGACAUGAGCAUGAAGCAGCCGUUCUUGGAACUCAACAGGAUCCUGGAGGCCUUGAGGAUGCAGGACCUCAGACCAGCACUAGAGUGGGCAGUAACAAACCGGCAGCGCCUUCUGGACCUGAACAGUACCCUGGAGUUCAAGCUGCACCGCCUCUACUUCAUCAGCCUGUUAAACGGAGGCAUCACCAACCAGCUGGAGGCGCUACAGUACGCCAGGCACUUCCAGCCCUUCGCCUCACAGCACCAGAGAGACAUCCAGAUCCUCAUGGGUAGUCUGGUGUACCUGCGGCACGGCAUAGAGAACUCUCCCUACCGCUCUCUGCUAGAGACCAACCAAUGGGCUGACAUCUGUAACAGCUUCACCAGGGACGCCUGCGCUCUGCUGGGGCUAUCUGUAGAGUCACCUCUCAGUGUCAGUUUUGCGUCAGGCUGCAUGGCUCUGCCCGUCCUGAUGAACAUCAAACAGGUGAUUGAACAGAGACAGUGUAGUGGAGUCUGGACACACAAGGACGAGCUGCCUAUUGAGAUAGAUCUGGGGAAGAAGUGCUGGUACCACUCUGUGUUCGCCUGUCCCAUCCUCCGACAGCAGACGUCAGAGAGCAACCCUCCCAUGAAGCUCAUCUGUGGACACGUCAUCUCCAGAGACGCCCUCAACAAACUCACCAACGCUGGAAAACUGAAAUGUCCCUACUGUCCCAUGGAGCAGAACCCGUCAGAUGCCAAGCAGAUCUUCUUUUGAUCCCCCAUCCUGUUUCCUGAAACCCCCUGGAAACCCCCAGGCAAAGUGGAGCUCCUUUGAGCUACAGUAGCGACCUGCUACCCCAGGACCCCUGUAAAUCCCCCAUCCUACCUCCUGAGAGAGGGAUCUCAAAAGGAUCAUUCAUUCAUUGACACUCAUUUGCAGCUGCCCGCAGAACUUAUAGGCUAAUAGGCUAAUUCUUGUUAAGGAUGUGAUGAUGCGUUAUCAUGGGGUAUCAAGUUGAGUUGUAGAGUUUUUGGACGACUGCUCUGUUCCUUGUUUCUUUCCUCUAUAUAUCCAUCUGUAGGCUUUCCUCAGAACACAGAAUCCUCUAUAUCCAUCUGUAGGCUUUCCUCAGAACACAGAAUCCUCUAUAUAUCCAUCUGUAGGCUUUCCUCAGAACACAGAAUCCUCUAUAUAUCCAUCUGUAGGCUUUCCUCUAGAACACAGAAUCCUCUAUAUAUCCAUCUGUAGGCUUUCCUCAGAACACAGAAUCCUCUAUAUAUCCAUCUGUAGGCUUUCCUCAGAACACAGAAUCCUCUAUAUAUCCAUCUGUAGGCUUUCCUCAGAACACAGAAUGGUCGGUUGAAUGGAUGUUAGGUGAUGUGACAUUAUGGUUUUUAGGAAGUUGUCUGAUUUCAGGAGAGUAUUUAAACUUCUAUAUUACAGAGGUAAAGCUAAGUGGCCUCUGAGAAAGUAUAUUCACAUAUAUAUUGUAUUGAGAGGUUGUGAUUGGCUGAUAGGUUGAGGUGACCGUGGUUACAGUUUGUGAAUGGAACACUGAUUGUAAAAAAAGUAAAAUCUUGCCUAUUGGCUAUGAUGUAAUAAAGGCCCUGAUUGGUUGAAAGUCACUAUGGGUUACAGUACAUGUAUGUGUGAUGAUCAGCAGUUGUGAUCAUGGAGAGGUCGAGGGUCAAAUGGCUGAUUGAUUUUGCAACUGCCUCCAAUAACAAUAAUUUUCCUGUUUCUCGUUCUGUGUAGGCCGACGUAUUUAACAAAAACAAAUGAUACUACUGUGAAGUCUGCUUUAGUUUUUAUUUAUCAUCGCUAGAAUCAAGUCUCCUGUAAAAUAGUGAAACCUUAUGUAACUUUAUACCUUUUUAUGAAAUAUCAUUCUGACACAAAAUAGCAACAUCAGUAUUGGAUCCAUGAUCAAAUCCUUCUCCUUGGACCAAAUGGAUAGCUCCCAGUCCAUGACAUGGUGAUGUCAUACCAGUCCAUGAAAUGGUGAUGUCAUACCAGCCCAUGAAAUGGUGAUGUCAUACCAGCCCAUGAAAUGGUGAUGUCAUACCAGCCCAUGAAAUGGUGAUGUCAGCAAGGUCUGCACCAGCAUAUCUUUAACAGCUGACACAUGGUAGCAGUCAGCCAUUAUAUCAACUCUGCACUGAUCUCCAGUCAGAAUGAAUGAUGGUAACAGGUCUUUAUUUGUGCGUACACGUUUAUUUUGUGUUUAGUUGAUUUGACAUUUUAUUUCCUGCUUUUGGUUGACAAU